GGGCGGUGUCGCAGCGUUCGGGCUCCGGCUGGAAACGCCGCCCGCGCCGGGGUUCCCCCCACGCCCCCCGCCCCACAACGGCGCGGGACCCCCAAAAAAAACCCAAAACCACCGCGGGGCCCCCUAAAACACCUUUGGACCUCUCAAAAAACUCCGAGGAACCUUCAAAAUCCCCCCGAGACCGCCCAGAAAGCCCCCGGGCCCCCGAAAACCAGGGUAUUCCCAAUUCCUCCCCAGAUUCCCUCAGACCCCCCUCAGACCCCCCGGGCUCACUCCGGGGCUCUCCUUGGGAGGAUUUUGAGGCAAAAACCGAAAAAAAAGGGAAAAAAUUGCCCCCAAAAGUGAAAUCCCGCGAGACUUGGGCCCCGCGCGAGAACUCCCCCGGGCCGCCAGGGGGCGCCCUCUCCGCUCCCGCUUCCCGCCAAAAACGGCCCUGAGGGAAAGGGGCGGCGCGAACAGAAAAGAGGCGGAGCCAACCGGAGGGGGCGGGACCAACAGAAGUGCCUGGUUUUACCGGGGGGCGGCCGCCGGAAGUUGUGAGGCCCCCGGUGGAAUUGACGUAGGGGAGCUGAGAGGGUCCGAACAGGGACGGAAAAGCGCGAAAAGUGACGGAAAGCGGCGAAAAGUGCCCGGAACGGCGGCGGGGAGCGGCGAACAGGAACGGGAGAGAACCCAGAACGGCGGCGGACGGCGACCGGAAACGGAAAGCGCCGAGCGCGGCCGGAAAGCGCCGAGCGGAGGCGGAAAUAGGCGAACAUCGGCGGAAAAGCCCGAGCAGUGACGGAAAUCGGCGAGCGUCAGCGGAAAAACCCGAGCAGUGACGGAAAAGUCCGAGCUCCGGCGGAAAGGCCCCGAACCGGUGGCGGAAAACGCCGAGCGCGGCCCGAGCGGCGCCGGAAGUGGCCGAGCGCAGCCGGAAGUGGCCGAGCGCAGCCGAGCGCGGACGGAGCCGCCGCGGCCUGAGCGCGGCCCGGGAGAGGAGCGGGAGGCGCCGGGAGCGGCCGGGAGGCACCGGGAGGGCUCCGCGAGGGCUCGGCCAGCGCCGCCAUGUCCGACUUCGACGAGUUCGAGCGGCAGCUGAACGAGAACAAGCAAGAGCGGGACAAGGAGAACCGGCACCGCAAGCGCUCCCACAGCCGCUCCCGCAGCCGCGACCGCAAACGGCGCAGCCGCUCCCGGGAGAGGAGGAACCGCGACCAGCGCAGCGUCUCCAGGGACCGCCGGCGCCGCAGGUCACCCCUGAGCCUCUCGGGACCCCUGAGCCGCUCCCCCCGGCACGAGAAGAAGAAGAAAAUCCGGAAGUACUGGGACGUGCCCCCCCCCGGCUUCGAGCACAUCACCCCCAUGCAGUACAAGGCCAUGCAGGCGGCGGGGCAGAUCCCGGCCACGGCCCUGCUGCCCACCAUGACCCCCGACGGGCUGGCCGUGACCCCCACCCCGGUGCCCGUGGUUGGCAGCCAGAUGACGCGGCAGGCGCGGCGCCUCUACGUGGGCAACAUCCCCUUCGGCAUCACCGAGGAGGCGAUGAUGGAUUUCUUCAACGCGCAGAUGCGCCUGGGGGGGCUGACGCAGGCCCCCGGGAACCCCGUGCUGGCCGUGCAGAUCAACCAGGACAAGAACUUCGCCUUCCUCGAGUUCCGCUCGGUGGACGAGACGACGCAGGCCAUGGCCUUCGACGGGAUCAUCUUCCAAGGCCAGUCGCUCAAGAUCCGGCGGCCCCACGACUACCAGCCCCUGCCCGGCAUGUCCGAGAACCCCUCGGUCUACGUGCCUGGUGUGGUGUCCACGGUGGUCCCGGACUCCGCCCACAAACUCUUCAUUGGGGGCCUCCCCAAUUACCUGAACGAUGACCAGGUGAAGGAGCUGCUGACGUCCUUCGGGCCCCUCAAGGCCUUCAACCUGGUCAAGGACAGCGCCACGGGGCUGAGCAAGGGCUACGCCUUCUGCGAGUACGUGGACAUCAACGUCACCGACCAGGUACCCCAAAAUCUGCCCCAAAACAGCCCAAAAAUACCCCAAAAAUACCCCAAAACCACCACAGAAACUGCACAAAACAACAGCCCAAAAACAGCCCAAAACUGCCCAAAAACGGCCCAAAAUCAGCGAGUACGUGGACAUCAACGUCACCGACCAGGUACCCCAGACUGCCCCAAAACACCCCAAAAAUACCCCAAAACCACCCCAGAAACUGCCCAAAACAACAGCCCAAAACUGCCCCAAAAUCGCCCA